CCGCCCACUGUUAAUCCCGUAUAUCCACCAACACACUGUCAGGCAUUUAUCCACAACACGAAUACAAGCUCCUCAAGAGUCGCCUGCAAGUUACCUUUUCGAUAUCUACAAUUUGACAUUUAAGAGCGAAUUUUCGUUGAUUCACUUCUGACGGGGUUGAGCAAUACCCUGCACAAGCUGGCUACCAUGGCACAGAGUGAAGAUGCAGGGAGUGUUACGCCUGUGGACUUUAUCCAGUUACAGGAAUAUAUGGAAUAUAGUACUUUACGGGUGCAAGACGUGUUGAAGGAGUUUCAUUCAGGUGAUAAGCAAGGCCAGACCAAGUUCGAAGAGUACAUGGACGCAGCUGGCUUCGCACAGUUCCUCAAGACCUACCUCGAGGACGAGGAUUUUCCCGAGGAUCUCUGCGGACGUCUGUUUAAAUAUUUUCAACAUUUUGAACACGACGAGGCGGAAACCCCGAAAAGAGAAGAUGGGGUGUUCCUCCGUGACGUUUCCUGCUACUUCUCCAUACUGGAGGACGGGCAGCCGAGAGAGAAGUUAGAAUGUACAUUCAAACUUUAUGACCAAGAUGGCAAUGGACUUCUGGAUAGCUCUGAAGUGGAUCGUAUAAUCGCCCAAAUGAUGCGCGCUGCAGAAUAUCUGGGCUGGGAUGUGACUGAACUCAGACCAGUGCUCAAGGAUCUGAUGGGGGCGAUCGACGUGGACGGCAGUGGAAGUGUCAACCUGGAUGAGUGGAUUAAAGGGGGCAUGAACAACGUGCCUUUACUGGUGCUGUUGGGCCUCAAGAUGACAGAGAGGGAUGGACAGCAUAGCUGGAGGAUGAAGCAUUUCAACAAGCCGACCUACUGUAACGUCUGUCAGGGCAUGCUUCUUGGCCUGGCGAAGCAAGGACUCUGCUGCACCUACUGCAAGUACACAGUCCACAGUCAGUGUGCCAACAAGACCGCUGAGCAAUGCCCUCCAACCUUCGUCAGGUCUAAGAAGGAGCUUGGUGUGCCUGCUCACGACUGGAUCAGUGCAGACUGUAGCUCCAGAAAGUGUAAGGUGUGCCACAAGAAGAUCAAGCACUUUGUAGGGAGCCGUUGCGUGUGGUGCCAAGAGAUGCGUCAUGACGACUGUUUGAAAUCUUGCGUGACGUGUGAAUGCGGAUUGCUGAAAGAUCACAUCCUGCCCCCAUGGGCCAUAUAUGCUUUCUCAGGGGACGAUAAUACUUCUAAUUCUUUAGAAGACACCAGUAUGUUCAAUGUUACCCCUGACGGACACAUCCUGCAGAUUGUUCCGGUCCCAGACAUCCACCCUCUGCUUGUGUUCGUAAACCCCAAGAGUGGUGGGAAGCAGGGGGAGAGAGUACUGAGGAAAUUUCAGUACCUUCUGAACCCUCGGCAAAUCUACAACCUGCGUAACGGAGGACCCGUCCCUGGACUAAAUUUCUUUCGCAGUCUGCACGACUACAGAAUCUUAGUGUGCGGUGGGGAUGGGACGGUUGGGUGGAUUCUGGACGCUAUAGACAAGGCGGAGCUCCCUGUGCGCCCCCCUGUCGCUAUCCUCCCCCUCGGCACGGGGAAUGACCUGGCCCGCUGCCUCCGCUGGGGGGGAGGGUACGAUGGCUCGGAUCUGCGCGACGUCCUGAAGGACAUUGCUGGCAGCGUGUUGGCGCCGAUGGACCGCUGGACCGUCCAGGUCAUCCCAGACGACCCCACGGAAGACGGAGACCCCGUGCCGUACCCGAUCAUAAACAACUACUUCUCCAUCGGGGUGGAUGCCUCCAUCGCUCACCGCUUCCACCACAUGAGGGAGAAGCAUCCGCAUAAGUUCAGCAGCAGGGUGAAGAACAAACUCUGGUAUUUUGAGUUUGCCACGUCCGAGACAAUAUCUGCAUCCUGCAAGAAUCUGAAAGAUUGUCUAACCAUUGAGUGCUGUGGCGUGCCGUUAGAUAUCACCUCCCUAUCUCUGGAAGGCAUAGCAGUGGUCAACAUACCCAGCAUGCACGGCGGCUCCAACCUCUGGGGCGAGUCGAAGAAGGCGGACAAAUCCAGCCAUCAUGCGUUGGACAAGUCUGCGGAGGUCAUCACCGACCGGGAGCUGCUUAAGACACGCUCUCAGGAUAUGAGCGAUAAGCGUUUGGAGGUGCUGGGUCUCGAGGGAGCCAUGGAGAUGGGUCAGAUCUACACAGGGCUGAAGAGUGCCGGGCUGAGACUCGCGCAAACCCCCCAGAUCACUAUCAAGACACUCAAACCCCUUCCCAUGCAGAUUGAUGGGGAGCCUUGGAUGCAACCUCUCUGUACUAUCCACAUUACUCACAAAAACCAAGCUAACAUGCUCAUGGCUCCACCAUCCAAACGAUCCGGGUUCUUCCACCUGAAGUAGGGAUUCCCUGCUUGUGCUGUAAAUCUUCCUACUGUUAUCCAAUGGACACAAAGUGCAAAUCACCGUAGACAAAUAUGUAUGCAUAGGAUGUUUAGGAUCAAUAUUACAUACAUUUACAUUUCAUCUUUGCAUGCACCAAAACUCCCAAUUUACUCACAACUGCUUAUAGUAAAUGUGUUCCCUUUUUUCAUUUAAUUUGCAUUCUUAAUAAUUAAUGCUUAUAUUCCUAUUUUAAUAACAAUAAUGUUAAUGUUAUUAUUAUUCAGUUUUCCCCGUCGAUGUACAUAAAUAAUGAUAACUAUCAAUUUUAGCUAGAUGCAUGGCUGGCUAUGUUUAGAAUCCCAGAGAUAAGCUAAUGGUAGCCGCUGCGCAAUGUUUUCCUUUUCCGGAGAAAAUUUGCCAACUCUGCAUCCAGCUUAUAGCUGUAUCCAUUUCAACUCAAAUGCCAGUAUUUACCCAUGUUUAAGCACGGCUCUGGUUGUCUUUUUCCAAAGAGGACGAGUCCUUUUAGGUCGGGUAGAAUCGAGUACAAUCUCAGUGGAUCGAGUUUGAGUGCUUGCUUCCAUGGCUGCAGCACGCUUUGUUUGUGUGUCAAUUUUCAAGUUUCAUACCUGGCAACCAGGAGUUUCGGAAUGGUCAGUUGGCGGAGUCAACUGGGUGAACCACACAGGUCAAAUCAUAAACACUUACUCUGAAACCGGAAUUUGGAAAUUUAAAAGGAGAACAUACAUAUAGCAUUGUCGGAGAAGCCAGUAGUUUGACUUUUAUCUGAUUACAUAUUAUUGUCCUUUUAUGAUUUAGUGCAGUCAAUUUGUUAGUCCUUUAACCAACCGUUCAAGCUAGACAACCUUCAACCAUCAACUGGCAUAUUUAGUAUGUCCUGUUUUAUAUACAGCAGAAAUAUACAAGCUUAUUACUUUACAGCCAUAUUGCUAUUCAUCAUUUAUAUUAUCAUAGUUGUUUUUGUGGCUUUCCUAUGCUGAAUCUAAUUAUGUUUAUUGCAUUUCUUUGUUUCUUUUAUUUGUGUUUGUUAAUCACAGCCAUCCUAUUUUAUUCUUUAUUUUAUCACUUGCAUCUGUUUUAGAGAUAGAAUAGGCUAGUGUAUUAUGUUGCUGUUUUAACAGUUGUAAGAGAACCAUGUAAGAUGAACUUUGUUAAAUGUGACCAAAUGUUGUUAUGUGUUGUCCUUUGAAUAACCAACUGUACAGAUUGAGGUCUGCCAGGACUGGGUAAAGAGGUGUUCUUGCCAAUGUUUAUCAUUGAUUCAAAGGCCUAAAAUCCUUGAUCUCAAUCAUUGAUUUAUCAUAAACUUUCUUCAGUAGAAAAUACACAAUUAAUCAAAACAAUAUAUUAGCUUUUGUGACCUAGUCUGCAUUGUUGUUGGGUUUGUGAAUUGUAUUUAAUCAACGAUUCUGGAUCAUUUCUCUCUCACUGUAUGUCAGUAUAUGGGUUGCGUCCUGUAAAAGAUUUGUCCAUUGACAGACUCAACACUCACCCAUUUUGUAUUUCUGCUUGUGAAAUACAAAAUGGGAAAUUGAACGAAACAAUUCUGGGGGCAGCAGCUGGGGCUGUCCAUAGUUGUAAAGUGACCAGGGUAAUGUAAACAAAGCUUAGUUACCGAUCAUUCUUUUAAUGGCGGCGAAGGCUAAGCAUGGCUCAUGCGGAAAGCUCAGAAAAAAUCAACAACGGUAUACUUUACUGCGGGCUGGACCUUGUGCCCGUCUCGAGGACAUAGCUGGCACUGUGGGAGCAUUAGCGGCGUUCCUCUCGCUGGGCGAAUAGACUUGAGGCCUACCUGACACUUAUAACUUCUAUAACUACCAGACCAUCUAACUUUCCCUCGAUCUUAAAAAAGAAAUCAGAAGGCAGGUCCCGUGGGAAGGGGUGUGUCUGACGCGGGUGAGUGAUGUGCAGUGUGGAGUCAUGUUCUGUUGCUGUGAGAAAGAAAAUGCAUAAUUAGUAUACGGUUAUUUUAUGUUUAUAUUGUCGCUGACAUAUGGAAGUCUGCAGCUGCGACUUAAACAUAAUAGUGUUUGUAAUUCCUGGUGACGGCUUUGCACUAACAGGACAUUGCUCUUGUGCAAGCUUCUAUGAGCAGAACAGGUGCUCCUGUUUUGCUUUGUUGUCCCUUUCCAAUUUUAAUGUGAAUGUAAGACAAAUACAGCCCUUUAACAGUGUUCUGAAUUGUAAUUAUAAAUAUAAAUAAAAAGCUAUAAAUACAUAAA